UUAAAUUUCAUUCUUUUUUUUUUUUUAUGAUAUAGUAAGCCCUCUUUUUGAGUUAAAACUGGAAAGUUACUAAUGCUUCUUGAGUUGGAUAUGGCGAUUGAGGCCUUUUCCCCAUAAGUGAUACUGUGUUGUGUAAAAUAGCUAUCUUGUGUAUGUGGGUUGGCUACAAAGAUUGAAAUUUUGGUGGGAUUUUAAAAAUUUUGAAGCUUUAAUUAUUUUGUGUGUGAGAAGGUAAAUUCAAGUUAAGUUUGUAGGGCUUGCAAUGGAUCAUGUUGUUCGUGUAGAGAAAAUAUAUCUAAUUGAUCUUGAAAGUGGGUGUGUGGAUAGCGAAGAUGGUUCUAGGGAAGACAGUAUAUCUAGUGUUAAAAAGCAGGUGAAGAUGUUGCUAGCUAAAGUCUGUAGUCUUUUUAUGGAUGUGCGAAUGAAAGGUGAAGAUAAGGCAAGUUUAUGUAGCAACGUGUCAAGUACUAAUGGGGUUUCCUUGGAGAAUCUGAAGGGAGUGAGUAAAGAUGAAGAGGGGAAGAAAGCUUUUAAGGAGAAGAAAACAGAGUCCAGCAAUAGGAAGGCCCCAAAACGUCCCAAACCACCUAGAGGUCCAUCAUUGGAUUCUGCUGACCUGAAGCUGAUCCAAGAGAUUACUGAGAUUGCCAUGUUGAAACGGGCAAGGAUUGAGAGAAUGAAAGCCGCAAAACAGUCAUCACCUAAUAGCAACAUAUUAGCCAUGUUGUUCACUGUUCUCUUUUGUCCUGUGACUAUUUUUCAAGUUAACAACUUUUGAUAAAUUUGAGUUUGACUUAUGUGAGUUCAACAAUUGCAUAA